AUGAGAGUUUUGCUGAAGAACAGAUCCCAGAAGACUUCUAGAACACGGAACAGAUCUUCUCCCACACCCCCCGCCUGCAGCAUGCAGGGAGGUGCCGAGUCGAGAGGCCAAGGCCGAAAGCCGGCCUUGCAGCAGCAGCAGCAGCAGCAGCAGCAGCAGCAACGCGCCAGCGCGAGUUCUGGAGUUCGGCGGCAUGACUCAGGCAAGAGGCGCGCGCGGGAUGCAAACCGCAUCAUGGAAGGCCCCUGGGCGGGAACGGGGCGGGAUCCAUGGGAUGGACAUCUAGCGCCGCUGGCGCUAGCCGAAGGCUUGGGACGAGCAGCGGCCAACGACGGCUGUCGGCCUUCCCUCCACCUCUUGCACAUGGUGGUCGGAGAUGCUGGCCGGAGAGCAAGCGGCCACGUCAACUAG